AUGUCGUCGAGCACAGAGAGCACUGACAAAAAGCAGCCACCAGUGAUCCUUUGCAUUGGCAUGGCUGGAUCGGGCAAAACCACGUUUAUGCAGCGCAUUAUAGCACACCUGCAUGCAGAAAAGACACCACCUUAUGUAUUGAAUCUCGAUCCUGCUGUCGGUACAUUACCGUUUACCGCCAACAUUGACGUUCGCGACACUGUCAACUACAAGCAAGUCAUGAAACAAUACAACUUGGGACCCAAUGGCGCCAUUCUGACGUCGCUAAAUCUAUUCACCACCAAAUUCGAUCAAGUUCUCGAUCUUGUCAGCAAACGCGCCGAAUCGGUCAGUAAUAUCGUCGUGGACACGCCUGGACAGAUUGAAAUUUUUACGUGGUCGGCUUCGGGCGCUAUUAUUACAGACACAUUGGCAGCUACGUAUCCAACGGUCGUUGCUUACAUUAUUGAUACGCCACGUACGACUGCACCGGCCACGUUCAUGUCCAACAUGUUGUACGCUUGCUCGAUCCUCUACAAGACGAAAUUGCCGUUUAUUUUGGUGUUUAACAAGACGGAUGUCGUGUCGCAUGAUUUUGCGGUCGAGUGGAUGACGGAUUUCGAAAAGUUUCAGGAAGCCUUGAGCAAGGAUACCAGCUAUAUGAGCAGCUUGAUGAAUUCCAUGAGCUUGGUCUUGGAUGAGUUUUAUAACCAUCUCAAGGUCGUUGGCGUUUCGGCCGUGACAGGAAAUGGCAUUGAUGACUUCUUCAAGGCAGUUGAUGAGGCUGCAGAGGAAUAUGAAACUGAAUAUAAACCCGAAAUCGAGCGAUUAAUCCGAGAAAAGGCAAGUGUUGUGAUGUCAAAGAGAGCAGGAAGGAGGAGGAAAGUAAAACUCUAA